GUCCUUCCCGCCCUGCAUGCGGCACCUGGUGCUCCACCAGCGCACCGGCAGGCGCCUGCGCUUCCUGGGGCGGCUACAGCUGCGGCCCUUCCUGCGCAGGGCGGGGCUCGCGCUGCCCAGCGCGCUGCAGUGGUGGGAGAGAGAGCUCCGGCGCGACGUGGAGGUCACCAAGGAGAGCUUCGACCGGAAGCACCGUUACCAUGUGGAGCACGCGCACGGCGCGCGCGGCCACGGGCGCGAGGCGCACCCCUUCGGCUGCGCACGCCUCCAGGGCUUCCCGGCGCCGCAGGCCGAGCAGGCGCACGGCUGCCCCUUCCAGCGGGGGCACGAGGGCAGCUACGCCCUGCCCACCCUGCUGGCCCACUGGGGGCUGGCGCCGCAGGACGCCGACGCCGUCCUCGGCGCGGCGCGCGCGGGCGCCCCCGGCGGCGCGUGCGCGGCCUUCUUCCGCGCCACGCACCCGUGGGCGCCCGAGGAGCUGCGCGGGGAGGCCC